UAUAGAGAGAGAGAGAGAGAGAGAGAGAGAGAGAGAGUUGUGAAGUGCUUUCUAAUUCACUUCUAAUUCACGUAGAUUGAAUCUUAUUAUAAUUUGAGAGAUAGAGGAAGAAAGGAGGAGGAAUGGACUGCAGGAGCGAUGCAUCUUUGGCGACAGAAGCCGCCGGCGCUCCGGUGACGAAGGAACGAAAGCUCAACCUCGACCUCCAGCAGGAGCUCCCUAAACCAUAUCUAGCGCGGGCACUGGUGGCAGUUGAUCCGAGCCAUCCAAAUGGAACAGAAGGGUGGGACAACCGUAACAUGAGCGUGCUCCAGCAACACGUAGCAUUUUUCGAUCGAAAUGGGGAUGGAAAAGUGUAUCCAUGGGAAACAUACCAAGGUUUUCGUGCAAUUGGUUGUGGAUUCUUAACAUCUCUUGGCGCUGCUAUCUUCGUAAAUCUUUUCCUGAGUUUUCCCACCCAACAAGGAUGGAUACCUUCUCCUCUCUUUCCCAUUUACAUAAGAAACAUCCACAAAGCAAAGCAUGGAAGUGACUCUGAGACCUACGACACAGAAGGAAGAUUCGACCCAUCGAAGUUCGACGCUAUUUUCAGCAAAUAUGCAAGAACUCAUGCAAAUGCUUUAACUGCAAACGAGGUAUCCACAAUGCUGAAAGCCAAUCGCAACGCCUUGGAUUUCAUUGGACGGGUUAUCAAUUUUGCAGAAUGGGAGCUUCUUUACUCACUGGGGAAAGAUGAGAACGGUUUGUUACACCGCGAAACUGUCAGAAGCGUCUUCGAUGGUAGUUUAUUUGUGCAGCUUGAGGAGGAGAAGAAGAAGAAGAUGACGAUGAAAUCGAUCUAAAUGAUGUGCACAUUAAUAGCUAAUGAUAUUGAUAUAUAUAUAAUAAUAAUAAUAAGGGAAAAGAAGUGUGAUUGUCAAAAUUAAAAGUUUAAUAAGCUCUUAUUUGUUAAAAUAAUAAUAAUAAUAAUAAUUAAAGUUUAGGGGUUUCAAUACAUUUUACCCUCAUAAUAAUUAAUAAAUAGUGCGCAACAGAGUGUAAAAUAAUGAUACCAUUCUCUAUGAUCUCUUUGGGCUUAUGAGAACUAGUGAUCUUGUUAAUAAAAGCCAAAUAUAUAUGUGUUGUUUAA